UUUUUUUUGAACAUCUUUUAUAUAGUCAAUUAUUUUCAAUAAAUGAAAUAUAGUCUAAACAUGUCUAGAUCUUCAAAAAUUAUUUUCUUAAUUGUCUCUCUUCUAGUUUUAAUAGAAAUCAGUUUCUCACUUCCCACUAAGUCUAACAAAAAUGAUAAAAAUUAUUUUUUUCAAUUGGAACACAUCAGUGAGAAGAUUUUAAAUAAAUUGUCUCAUGACGAUUUAUAUAAAAUUGCUUUCCAUUGGAUGAAAUUACAAGAGUUGAUUUCAAAUAAGUCUCAUAAAAAAUUGAAACGAGAAGCACUUGCUUGGUUAAGAAGAAAAAAGAUUUUGAACCAAGUUAGUAAAAUGUCUUUGGAUAUGUUAAAGUCAAGUGUUAUUAAUUUAGAAAAUAAGUCAAAAAAUAAUGAAGAUUCAGAAGAAAGCGAUUUAAUAAUCAAGUUAAAUAAAGAAAGCAGGUUAGAACAACUAAAUUUGUCAUUAAUUAAUUUAUCAACCGAUUAUUCUUCAUCAAACAAUGGACUUAUAUCAUCUGAACACUGAACAACAUUUCUAGUAUUUUACAAACAAAUUACUAAAAUGUAUAUUAUUGUUAUUAACUUUUUUUUUGUUUUCAUUGAUAAAAAUAAAAAUUAAAAAAAAUUAUAAACACA